AUGAUACGCAAGCGGCUUGUCUUUACAGGCAUCUUACUCGCCAUUGCUAUCAUCUUCUUCAAGCCAACAAGAAACAGCCAGCCGGGAUAUUUAUCACCAUUUGGAAACUUAGACAGAACUAAACUCGACUUUUCAGCCGAUAUAGAUAAGCAAAGCGCCAUACGCGCCGCAUUCAAGCACGCCUGGGACGCAUACCGGCGUGACGCGUGGGGCUUUGACGACUAUCAUCCGCUCAAGCGCGGAGGGACCAAUCUCGUCUCUUCUGGGGGUAUCGGCUACACCAUUGUCGAUGCGCUCGACACGCUCCAUAUUAUGGGCCUCGACACUGAAUUUACCCAAGCUCGCGACUGGGUCGCAACCGAACUCACGUUUGACCGUGACGGCAAGUUCAACGCGUUUGAGGUGACCAUUCGUGUUCUCGGUGGUCUGCUUUCUGCCUAUCAUCUGUCCAAGGACGAGAUUUUCCUUCAAAAGGCUGUCGACUUGGCGGAGCGCCUCUUGCCGAUUUUCAGUACACAGUCCGGCAUUCCACUCUCCUUCAUCAAUCUCAAAGAGCGGCAGGCAUUGGCCGAUAGUGAUAACCAGGGUUUCAGCUCUACAGCAGAGGCCGCUACGCUUCAGCUCGAGUUUAAAUACUUGAGCUAUCUUACCGAAGACUAUGUUUACUGGAACGCGGCCGAAAAGGUCAUGGAUGUAAUUCGAAACGGCGCAUUAACCUCGGGACUUGUUCCCAUCUUCAUACGACCCUCUGACGGCCAAUUUAUCACUUCCGACAUUCGAUUUGGCUCUCGUGGCGAUUCAUACUAUGAAUAUCUAUUAAAGCAAUACCUUCAAACGAACCAGGCAGAACAACAAUAUCGAGAGAUGUACGACCACGCCAUGACAACCAUGCAUCAUGACCUUGUCAGGCGCACACCAAAGAGCAAUAUGCUCUUCAUCGCCGAGCUCAGUCCAAAGUUUAAGCGCGAGGAGCAGAAAUUCGACUGGAAACUGGUGCCGAAGCAGGAUCAUCUUGUUUGCUUCCUUGGCGGUUCGCUACUCCUCGGUGUCACUGAAGGGCAAGGACCCUUCCCACCUGAAUGGGACACGCUCAGUAAUACGGAAAAGCGCGACUGGAUUACCGGCGAGGAACUCAUCAAGACCUGUGUGGAGACGUAUAAUACCGCAACUGGUCUUGGUCCAGAGAUUGCGCACUUCAAGAUGCCUGGAGACCCAGAUGCGGACUCGGUAGAUUGGUAUAUCAAGGGUCUUGACCGGGAGAAUCCAAGCUUGACCAGCUUUGAUGCACGUUAUAUCUUGCGACCAGAGACAGUAGAAUCACUCUUCCUUGCAUGGAGAUUGACGGGUAAUCAAACCUACCGCGACCAAGGCUGGAAGAUCUUUCAAGCAAUCGAGAAAUACACAAAGGUGGAAGGAGGAGGCUACACCUCUAUCCUCAACGUCAACGAUACAAACACCCAAAGGGAGGACAAGAUGGAGACAUUCUUCUUGAGCGAGACGCUAAAAUAUCUCUACCUGCUCUUCUCUGACUCGGCGCUCCUUUCGCUCGACAAAUAUGUGUUCAAUACCGAGGCACAUCCUUUACCAAGGUUCGAUCCUCCGACCCGUAGGUUUAACCACUGA